GGCCGGGCUGUGGCGGUGCGGCGAGGCCGGGGCGAUCGGUGCCCGCCGGGCUCCUCCGGGCGGGCCGGCAGCGGCGGCUGCUGCAGCUGCUUCUGCCUGGGCGGCAUGAAGGGGAAGGAGGAGAAGGAGAAGGAAAAGGAGAAGGAGGGCGGCGGCGGAGGCGGCGGCGCGGGGCUGACGGGCGGCGGGCCCGGUGUGGGGCUGGUCGGCGGCGGCCUCGGCGGCGGCAGCCCGGAGAAGAGCCGCAGCGCCCAGGAGUACAAGGAGCAGGGCAACCGGCUCUUCGUCAGCCGAAAGUACCCGGAGGCCGCCGCUUGCUACGGGCGGGCCAUCGUGAGUUGGGCCUCUGUUUUGGGGGGGAGGACGGCGAGAGGGCCCGGAGGAACGGAGUGGCCUCUGAGCAUGGGCAGAGUGCGCUCACUUGAGAGGCUUGGUCUCGCUUUCGAGGGGGCGAGAGGGGGCUUCGUUUGAGCUCAGGCCCCGGACUUUAUCCUGAGUCGGAGGGGGGCGGGUCGUGAAGAUAGGGAGUGUGUACCUCUGAGCAUGGACCGAGUGCUGAGUGUUGUUGUUUAGAGGCUGGGCGGAGCGUUGGAGGGGCGGAGCGAGAGCAGGAGGAGGAAGCUCAGGCCCGUGAGCCUUAUCCUGGGAGAAUAUAUGAGAAGUGGGGAGAAUGCCUCUCUGGGCAUGUGCAGAGGGCCUGCUCUCAGGUAUGGUGGCAUAGGAAGCAAGCUGCAGGGUGACCAAGACUCAGUUGGAGCCUCCCAGCUGCUCCCCAGUGUUUUGGGUUUACCCCAAGAAUAGCUGAAGGGGAGUAAGAAAAGAGCUCUCUGAACAUGGGCAAAGUGCAUGCUAUGUAGAGCCUGGCGUCAGACUGCAGGGUAGGAGAUGAUGCAAUAGUGGUGUAGGAGGUAAGUGUCCUUUGGAUCGCUGAGCCUUUUCCUCCGAGAUAUGAAGGGAGGUGUGACCAAACAAAAUGGCCCUCUGAACACGAGCAGAGUGCUUGCCCUCUUGAGACAGAUGGGGGUGAGGUGAGGAGAGGAGAUAAACUGGGAGGUGCCAAUGCCGGAGUUCAAUCGGAGCCUGGAUAGGCUUACUCUAAAAAUAAUUUGAAGGGGCAACGCGGGGGAAAGUGGCAAGGGCACUUUUCUCUGAGCAUGGGCAGAUUAUGAUUCUGGCCCUUGAUUUGACAGGGGCAAGGUAGGGGGAACAGUGGACAUUAAGAAGCAAACCUGGGUGUGUGACUAGGGCUCUAUUUGUGCCAAAGCUCAUCCUUCUCUUCCCCCUGCCAAAAAACCUUGUUUUAAUGCUCAGUUUUAUCUCCAGGAAUGUGUGAUAGGAGGCAGUGAGGAAAGGCAGCAUUUCUGAGCAUGGACAGAGAGCAUGCUUUAAGGCCUUGCAUGCAGAAGGCCCCAAUUUCAAUCCUCAGGUUGGGUUUGCAGAGAACCCUGCCUGAAAUCCUGGGGAGCUGCUGCCAGUCAGUGGAGACAGUACUGAGCUAGAUGGGACUCAGUAUAAAGCAGCAUCCUGUUUGAACCUCCAGACUUGUUUUUCACUGCAAACUCACUUGGCGACCUUUUGCCAGCCACCCUUCUUUGUAAGCCUCAACCCUUCCUACUUUGGACAGUUCUGAAUAAAGGUCCCGCCUUCCUCGUUUGAGUACAGAUUAAAAAUGAGUUCUUAGGUUGUCUUCAGCCAGAUUUCAUGUGCCCCUAUCCAUGCAGCAAGGCUGAUAACACCACAGGUGCACAUUUAACAAUUAGCACUUCUGUGGCUGCACAUUAUUUCUAUUGGGACUCAGAAUACAUGAUUCUCUGGUUGCAAUCACUCUGUCUCCAGGGGUUUCCCUGAGAUCUGCACCAGUUCUCUUCACUGUUUUGAGACCUGUGAUCUACCUUUCAGAUUAAGCGGCUGCACGCUACUUUUUUUUUUUAAUGGUAGCUGCCUGCCUGGAGGAAUAAUGAUAAAUAAUCAGCUGCUCAAAUGAUACAACCUCACAGACAAGAUGGGUAGCUCAGUCAGUAGAGCAUGAGGUUCUUAAUCUUAGGGUCAUGGGUUCCCGCCCCAAGUAGGGCAAAAGAUUGCAGGGGGUUGGAUUAGAUGACGCUUGUGAUCCCUUCCACCUCUACAGUUCUGUGAUUCUUUGAAGAUAUACUGGGGUUUAAGCCUUUUCGAAAGCCAUGGCUUAGACUUGGCAGCCCUUUCUCGGAUUCUAAAUGGAAUGUAGGAAAUGCACUCUGCCCAUGCAAAACGAAACAAAAACAAAACGCUGCUCUUUGCAGGGUGGGGCAAACUCAAAAUCUGACUGUACAGUGGUACCUCGGGUUACAUACGCUUCAGGUUACAGACUCCGCUAACCCAGAAAUAGUACCUGGGGUUAAGAACUUUGCUUCAGGAUGAGAACAGAAAUCAUGCUCCGGCGGCGCGGCGACAGCGGGAGGCCCCAUUAGCUAAAGUGGUGCUUCAGGUUAAGAACAGUUUCAGGUUAAGUACGUACCUCCAGAACGAAUUAAGUAAUUAACCCGAGGUACCACUGUACUUAAACCACUCCCUGGUCCAAGUUGAGAGAUCAGUAAGACGGAACUUGCCUCUCAUUCUGUAGCGGUUGUAGCCUUGCCCCAUACUUCAGUGGUUCCACUCAUCUAGGGCUGUUUCCAAGAGGUGGUCAUGGGAAGCUGCUGUUCAGCGCCGUUGGAGUUCUCCUCUGGUGUCCCGCAGGCUUCCGUCUUGUCCCCCAUGCUAUUUAACAUCUAUGUGAAGCCUCUGCGGACUGUCAUCCAGGGAUUUGGAGGGGCGUGCCACCAAUAUGCAGAUGUCACCCAACUCUUAUCUCUCGGUUCCAUCUGAAUCAGGAGAGGGAGUUGAGGUGCUAGGCCAGUGCUUGGAGGCAGUGAUGGGCUGGAUGAGGGCCCAUAAACUGAAGCUGGAUCCUGAAAAGACAGAGUGUCAUGUGCCCUGAGUUCUCGCUUCUGGGAGGUGAGCUGCCCUGGAUGGGCUUGCACUACUCCCCUAGAGGUGUGUGUGGCACCUUCAAUAUACAGCUCUCAGUGAAUGCUGAAGACACACCUCUUAACACUGGCUUUUGACACUUGGUGUCUGUUUUUAGAACCUUCCUUAUAUUUGAAAUUGUAAGGUGCUUUCAAUUGUUUUUAAUGUUGUGUUUUAAUUCCAUAACCUGCCCUGGGACCUUAGGGUGAAGGGUGGGUAAUAAACAACAACAACAAUAAUCUAAGAAAUAGAGACCCGCCUGAAAAUGAUUUCAUCCAAGGAUAUGAAGCUGCCCUGUUUGUCCAUUUAGCUUGGUAGUGUCCACACUGACUGGCAGUGGCUCCUUUAGGAUUUCCCUGGAGAUUUCCCCCACUGCCUGAAGAUGCUGGGGUUUGAACCCAGAACUUUCUGCAUGUAUAGCAUGUGCUCUGCUUCUGGGCUAUGGCAUGUCUACUAACAAAUAAAGUAAGUUUCUAGUCCUCAUGAAGAAAAGGCUGUAUUAACCCAAAACCAAGGAAGCUGUCUUAUACCAAGUUCGAGCAAUGGCCCAUCUAAGCCACCCUGACUGGCAAUGGCUCUUCUGUGAAUUUUAGAUGAGGGUCUCUCCCAGUCCUACCUGGCGAUUGGAGGGAUUGAAUCUGGGGCCUCACCUUCUCCCAUAGAUCCCUUGAGGGUUGUUUUAGUCUCCAUCUGGCCCCUCAUGCUUAUAUUCUCUUUCUUUUCUUUUAGAACCGGAAUCCCUUAGUGGCAGUCUAUUACACCAACCGCGCCUUAUGCUUCCUUAAGAUGCAGCAGCACGACAAGGCCCUGGCUGACUGUAAGCAUGCCCUGGAGUUGGACAGCCAGUCCGUGAAGGCGCACUUCUUCCUGGGGCAGUGCCAGAUGGAGAUGGAGAACUAUGACGAGGCCAUUGCUAACCUUCAGAGAGGUAAGCUGGCUCUCGUUUCCAGGCUAGACGAGUGGGUAGGGGUGUGUCUUUCUAGGUACCGCCUUUCAGUGCAAGGUGGUCACAAGUUGACCAAUCAGUUGAAUAGAAUCAACCAUAGCUGCCUUGCACUGAGCCAGACCAUUGGUCAAUCUAGCUCACUACUUUCUACACUGACUGGCAGCCACUUUCCAGGAUUUUAGGCAGGGAUUUCUCCCAGCCUUUGCCAGGGUUUGAACCAGGCAUCUGCCCAAGUCAAAAUGAAUUCUGUAUCGCUUAACAAUCCGGCAAGGACAGCUUUGUCUUUGAAUAGCAGUUUUAGCCAGGGAGUCUAGAACAGCCACAUGUCUUUGACCUGAGAGCAAUUGUGGGGCCAAGCCUUUAGGCAUCCAACUUAUACGCAGUCAGAAACUGUGGUUUGUUCAUAUUGUUUUCGUAGAAUGAGCCAGGACCAAGCCAUGCUUCCAGUCUGGCUUGUUCCGAAACCACAGCUUAAACAAGCUUCAGUUCCCUCAGUUCAGGCACCACCAUCACCAUAAUCAUUAAUUAAAUUUAUAUACCGCCCUAUACCCGCAAGUCCCAGAGUGUUUCACAGGAUAAAAUCAAAAUAUAAAACCACAAAAUACAUAAUCAAAACAAAAACAACCCUGUAACAGCCCCCCAACACAUUUUAAAAGGGCAUAGGAUGUCAAUCAAUCAAAGGUUUGGUUGGUUUGACUAAAAGUAGAAGUCAAGGUUUCUUUUCUCCUUAGAAUUGUAGAGUUGGGAGGGACCAUGAGAGUCAUCUAGUCCACCCCCUGCAAUGCAGGAAUCUUUUGCCCAAUGCAAGGCUCAAACCCACAACCCUGAGAUUAAGAGUCUCCUCUUAAUAGCUCCUACUGAGCUAUCCACAGGGCUGAGAAAGAAGAAAAGAGUGAGGUAUCAACUUGAAAGUCAUUCAGGUUUGUUCAUGUGUAUGGGCAGUCAGUGCAGACUUUAGAGCACUAGAGUGGCAUGCCAGCAAUGGUCUGUCCCCAUCAACACAGCCUAGUUUUGCCCCAGCUGGAGCCUUUGGCACAGGCCCACAUAGAGCACACCGCAUUGCAAGAUCUUUAUUUCGUCUCCUCCUCCUUGAUAUAUAUUCCCCUCUACUCCAGCCUACAACUUAGCCAAAGAGCAACGACUGAACUUUGGGGACGACAUCCCAAGCGCUUUGCGGAUUGCGAAGAAGAAGCGCUGGAACAACAUUGAGGAGAAGCGGAUCAACCAGGAAAACGAGUUGCACUCCUAUCUCACCAAGCUCAUCAUGGCAGAGAAAGAGAGGUAAAAGAGAGUAUGAAAGAGAGGGAGUGAUGGCAGAUAUGGGUGGAGAAACUCUUGAAGAACAAAGGGGACUUUGUGUGUGUUGGGUGCAUAGCUUGUUUUAUAUACUGCAGUGGUAGAGAAGCUUUUUCAGCCACACUCCUUUGUUGGGCAGCAUUCAGAGGCCAUAUGCCAGAGGUGGGCAGAGCAAUGGAUGCAAUGCAUAGCCUUUGUACAGCAGGUUGCGCUACAGCCACCCAGAAGCCAGGACACCCAGCUCUCCAUCCAGGGAAGCAAGAUGCACCGUCACAAUCCAAAGCCCCUUUCCAGGCACUUGAGGACCUUGCAGAGCACAUCAGUGAAGGAGUGGCCCGGGGGAGAUGGAAUGAGCAAGGGCGGGGUGGGGAUCCUCAGUCCUCCAGAUGCUGUGGGACUACAACUCCCAUCAGCCCCCGCCAGCAUGGCCAGUAACCAAGACUGGUGGAAGCUGUAGUCCAGAAACAUCUGGAGGGCCAGAGGUUCCCUACCUGUCACCUGUAGAGAGUCCUGAGGGCCUGAUUGAGAGGUCUGAAGGGCCAUAUUCAUCCGUGGGCCUGAGUGCCUCUUCCCCACGCAGCUUACUUAUUAACUACAUUUCUGUGCCCGUCACCAGAGUUCUCUGAUGAGUGGUUUACAAGUAGAAGUAAAAACUGGAAAUCUAGAACAGACUUAACGUGGCACAGAGUUAAACCAAAUUAAAGCAGGUCUUUCACAACAACGUGAAAAGGACUUGGGAUUUUAAAAGCUGCCUCAGAAGUCGUAGGAGUUGUCUCCUCCCACUGAUAGCAGCUAUCUGGCUUCUCAGGGAGAUGAGGUUCUUUCCCAUCAGCCGCUGAGCCUGGCUCUUUUUAAGCUGAGGGUGUCAGGGACUGAAGCUGAAACCUUUUCAUGUGCUGUGACCCUGAGAGACAGUGCCUUCCUGCAACUUGCAGUGGCUUCUGACCUCCCUCUCCCGAUCGCUGUGUUUCUUGAUAAGUGACAUAAGACUGGUACUUUAGAUCAGGCCAGUGGUCUGACAUCCUGUUCUCACAGUGGCCAACCAGAUUCCUGUGGGAACUGGCAAGCAGGACCCAAGCACAAGAGACCUGCCCCCUCCUGUUCAGAAGGAUUACUGCCUCCAGUGGUGGAGGCAGGGUGUAGUCAUCAUGGCUGGUAGCCCUUGAUAGCCUUGCCAAGCUCAAGGUGGAGAAAAUCCCAUCACUAUUAGAAUGGCAAAGCAAUCUCUGUGAGUUUGUAGAAAUAGCAAAAUUGAUGGCAAUUAUUAGAGGCCACUCAAAUCAAAGAAUAAUUAGAGAGUGGGAUGGAGUGAAGGAAUACAUGAAAAAAUAUGGUUCUGGAAUUGAAAUAUCAAUAGAGAAUGUGUAAAACGUGCAGGGGUAAGCAAGAAAAUAAUAAUAGAAUCAACUGAAUAAUUAUUAAAUUAUAACAACACAACAAGAUGGAAGAAGUAAAAUAUUGAGAUCACACAUGGGUGAAGGGGAGUGGGGGGUAUAUGGGAACCUAUGAUAUCAUUUAUAAUAUAAUUUGCUAAUUGCGUUGUAUUUACAUAUAGCAAAGGGAAGCCUAGAGCAAUUAGAUAUAAUUUAAUUUAGGUAAUCUAUGUAAUAGGCUGUUAGAAAAUGAAUAUGGAUUUUGAAUUUGAUGUUUGUAAAUUUUUUUGGCUUUGAAAUAAAUUUUUUUUUAAAAAAGAUAGCCUUGCCAAGCUCCGUGAAGUUGCCCAAUCCCCACUUCUCUUUUAGGGAGCUGGAUGAAUGUCGACGGGCGCAGGAAGAGGAGAACGUGGAGGAAAGUCGCAGCCGCGUGCAGCUGGCCAACAUCGAAGCCAAACAUGUGAGGACCCUUGUCAAUCUUUGCCCGGGCUCAGCCUAUCUAAGGGCCCUCGGUUGACUGUUUUGUUUGGGUUGUCACUGCUUGGUGUCAGCAGCUGUGAUGGGGUGAGACAUCUGUCCCUCGCCCCCAUUAACUGGGGGGGGAUCUGCCAGGGUUCAGCCCUGCUCUGACCUCAACCUCAGAGGGAGGAGCAAGGGAAUCGGGACCCUUCGGCAGUUUUCUACACUGCCAGUGUCCCAGAAAUGCCAGUGGGGUGUCUCUUGCUAAACGUUUGCUCCAAGUAGACCUAUUGAAGUGGCUAUUCAAUGUUCAUGAUGGAAUUCUAGAACUGUAGUGCUGGAAGGGACCACGAGGGUCAUCUAGUCCAACCCCCUGCAGUGCAGGAAUCCUUUGCCCAAUGCGGGGCUCGAACCCACCACUCGGGAGUCUCAUUCUCUACCGACCGAGCUAUCCAACCCCCUACAAUGCAGAAACCACAUCCCUGACAGAUGGCCACCCCACUGCUGUUUAAAAACCUCAAUUUCAGUGGGUCUACUCUGAGUAAGACUAAUCUUGGCUGCAACCCAACAGAUCAGGUAAAUCCCUGCCCUAGGACUGGAAGCCCCGUCUGGGUUGCUGUCCAGCUCCCUGGCCCCGAGAUGUCCCCCACAGCGGAAAGUCAGAGGGAACUUAGCAGGAUUGUACGGGGAGCUGUUGAAAAGUCCAGGAUAUCCUCAGGAGAAAGGUGUCACAGCAUUCCACGUGCAAUUUAGGAACAUGAGUUCAAAACUGUACGGAACAGGUUACUAUUGCGCAAUUUGUACUGAUACGGAAGAACCGGACAUACCUGUCUCUUGUUUGCUCCCAAGGAAGGUGUCUAGAGCGGCACAUGGACUUCCUGUUCUGUUCAGGGAUGUAUACACAGGCUGGCAUAACUGAGCUGACUGCAGUGUUUGCAUCCCAAAUUAAAACGCUUUGUAAGCAACUUUUGCAGCAGGAGUGGAAGAACCUGUGGGCCUCCUGAUGUUGUCAGACUCCGUCAUCUCUGACUGCUGGCCGUGCUGGUUGGGGCUGAUGGGAGUUGGAAUCUGACAGCAUCCGGAAGGCUGCAGGUUUCUCCUGCCCCUGUUUUUACAGAAGUGCUAAGAGGUUUCAGUUUCUGUACUAAUCUUGUUCAAAUAUUUAACAAUGGAAAAAUGUGUUGUUUAGGUUUUUCCCCGUGUGUGUGUAAAUUUGGAGAUCUAUGGACCAUUCAUAAACUUGACCUGAACUGCUGUUUUAUAAAGAGGUGCAAUUGUCCCUCUUGUUUGUCUGCGUUCAUCAUCUAGAUAUGACUGUUUGCCCCAUCUAUAGCUAGCUGCUUAAUUCCCCCACCUGCUUUCUGCGUUGAGCCUCUGCUCCUUCCGGCUAAGGGAUCUGUUUCUCUUUUAGGAAAAGUACCUAGCAGACAUGGAUGAGCUGUUCUCCCAGGUGGAUGAGAAGCGGAAGGUGAGGGCAAGCUCAAGCAGAGGGCCAUGCUCCUCGGCUCCAUUUGCGUAUUUCCCCAGCUUUUAUAUUCCAUCACUCUUCUAUUAUGGAACCCAAGGCAGUGUCCAUGGGGGUUCCCAGACAGCUUGGGAAGUUCAUUUUUAAAAGGGACGAGUUUGACAUGUCAAAAAAAAAAGGGAACAAAUUCCAGUUAACUUUUGUCCCUUUACAAAAUGAACUGAUUUGGUUCAUGUUUCAUUCAAAGUUCAAAUUCAUCCAAGUUCAUUGGAGCCCCCUAAUUGAAGUUGAUUAGUAACAUGACUUUUGGUUGGCCCAACCUGGGUAGAUCUGUACAUCAGCCCUCUCAGAUCCUAUGAUCGGCCAGUGAAACCUUGUUGGUGUGGCUCUGACUUGAGACAGGGCCUUUUCAGUGCUGACUCCCCCGGUUGUGGAAUGCCCUCUGUCUCCAUCAUUAUUAACCUCCAGGAGAAAUUUGAAAACAUUUUUGUUUGCCCAGGGAUUCGAUGGCUGAAGGACACUGUUUUAUGGCAACCUUUAGAUCAUAGAAUCAUAGAGUUGGGACCCUGAGGGUCAUCUAGUCCAACCCCCUGCAGUGCAGGAAUCCUGCCCACAGCUCUCCCUGGGGGGGCUCAAAUCACCAGCCUUCUGGUUAACAGCCAGAUGCACUGACCCAUGAGAAAAUGUUUUUAACUGAUUUUAGAAUUUGUUUUUAGAAUGCAUAUAUAUAGGAUGAGUUUGUCACCCUGGGUGCCUUCUUGGUAGAAGGACAGAAUAUUAUAAUCAACAUACUUAUUUCAGGCUGUUAAGAUCAAAUUUAUUGUUAAGGCAGCCAAAUACAAGAUAUAGCCAAACACAAACAUAAAAUAUACAUACAUAAAAUAGUAAGAAUUAUACCUGAAAAACUGGAUCUAUACAAUAAAUAGAACGUUCAUAGAAAACAGAAUCUUAACUCUCGAGAGCGGCCCCAUGACCUUGCCUAAGGUGAGCUGCCUUCACUGCUAAUUCAGUCAUAUUAAACAUUGCACACUUGUCUGAACCAAACAACAGAUAGUUGAUUUAAUUUGACUGUUAGAAAAGAGCGAGCUUGACUUUAGAUGAUGUGCCCACAUGUCGCAGGGACCAUUCUCUUUCAAGAGGCAUUCCCUCGUAUGAGAGAAAUAAGAGUGUGUGCCUGCUAACCACAUUAUUAUAUGAAAUUCUUAUGCUAAAAUAAUUUUUAAAGCUGCUAUGUUAUUGGAGGUCCCUUUUUAAACAGUCAAAAGGUUUGAGAGAAUGACCGGCCCAAAGUCAUCUGUAGCUGAACAGGAAUUGGAAGCCAGGCUUCUCCACUCCCCAUCUCGCUGUUCCAUCCAAUACCCAUCACAUACCCUAUAAGAGGAGAUGGGGAACCUGUGGCCCCUCCAGAUGUUGCUGAACUACAGCUCGCAUCAGCCUUGACUAUUGAUCAUGCUGACUGGAGCUAAUGGAAGUUGGGCGUCCCAACAGCUGGAGGGCCAGAGGUUUCCCCUCCCUACUUGAAAUCUGCCUAAGUUUAACUCUGGUUUUCUCCUUUGAGCCAGAAGCGUGACAUCCCGGAUUACCUGUGUGGGAAGAUCAGCUUUGAACUGAUGCGAGAACCCUGUAUCACGCCCAGCGGGAUCACGUAUGACAGGAAAGACAUUGAAGAGCACCUCCAGGUAAUUCAGGCCUUUUGGCACGAUGGUUGCGCAGGUGUGAUGGUAGUGACAGGGUUCAGAAGGGGAGGUGCAUUGACUUCCUAAUAUAGAACAAAUGCAACAACAGCUUCCUAAGCCCCACAGCUUGUAUUUGGAAGGAAAAGUUGAGUUUCUUGCCCAAAGAGCACAAAAGGGAAACUUUUGGCCCUCCAGCUGUUGCAGAACUACAACUCCCAUAUCAUUGGGCAUUGGCCAUGCUUGCUAGGUGCUGAUGGGAGUUGUAGCUCAGCAACAUCCGGAGGGACAAAGGUUUCCGCCAUGCCUGCCUUAGAGCUGAGAAGGUGGGGACUGCGAGAAUUUCAGAAGCCAGGAGGGGGCUGGACAAGGGGACUGGUUUGGUAGGGUGAGCCUCAGUGCCCCACCAACCCGACUGGCAAGACCAGAGCAAAUACAAGAGAGUUCUAAUGUAAGACAAAAUGAAAAGGCCACCAGAAUAAUUUCUGCAGAAGAGAGAAAUGGGGGACAGCUGCAUGGUUUUUAUAUUAGCUGUUAACCUUGCAUUCAAUCAACAGAAUUGCAUCAUAUUUCUGUGCAGACCCCAGCUAUACCACGAAUUGGUAGAAGGGGCUCGGAUCUCUCUCUCUCUCUCUCUCUCUCUCUCUCUCUCUCUCUCACACACACACACACACACACACACACACACACAUUGAAAGGAUGUGCAAGAGGGGCCACUCUAUCUCUGUAUUCAGCUGGCUGCAAAGGCCAGCAUGUAGCUGUACAUGUGUCAAGUUCCCCCCCAUGAGGGGAUCCUGAUUGGAGCAGGGUGUGUCUCUUCCAAUCUUGUGUCAAGGAGCUCCACACGCAUACAUGGGUGUUGGAUAGUAAGGUGGUAUGAGAAAUAUUUCACUUGUGUAAGCAAAGGCAGGAGCCCCAAGUGCCUGUCCCUGGAGAAUGCCUGCAGUAUCUCUGGAUGAGUUACUGCUCUGGCCAGGAACCCUUCCAGGAGGCCUCUGAAGAACGCAGGCACUUCUGCCACAACUUUGCACCAGGUUUGAUGGGAUCGUUCUGUUAUCCACAGUGCAGCGAUCCAGAUGCAGCAGGGCUCUCUGCCCUCAGAUAGUUCUCACCUCCCUCUGAGAAUUGCACCUCCAGUCGUUUCAAAGAUGAAAGAGAGGACAUAGUUUUUGAAAGGUCAUCAGAGGCCUAAAAAAAUAGGGUUGGUGUCCAGUGCUUGGGGUCAACCUGUUGAAAUGAACAAACAGAACUUAGGUUUACUCAUUUCAGCAGGCUUACUCUGGUGAAACAUUAGUUUACACCCUUAAACCAUUUUAGGGAUUUAAAAAAAUGUCUUUGAUUUCAAUCCAGCUAGGGUGGGAACGCUGCCUUAUGCAACAGAUUUUGGGGGCAGAGGGGGCCCUGAAUCUGACCAUUUGGGGGCUGGUGGGAGCAUUUUUGUUGGGGGAGACGCGAGAGGCUUCCUGGGCAGCCGCCUGACUGACUCUCUUCUGGGUUCUUUCCAGCGUGUCGGCCACUUUGACCCCGUGACCCGCAGCCCCCUGACCCAGGACCAGCUGAUCCCCAACCUUGCCAUGAAAGAGGUGAUAGACGCGUUCAUAUCGGAAAACGGCUGGGUAGAAGAUUACUGACCACCGCAGGGGAGAGGCUGUGCUUGCAGCCUCCUCGUGGCGCCCCCCAGCCGCGGCAGCCAAGGCCACCGGACUGCUAGAGACUGGCUCUCUGAGCUUGCUGGGCCAGCGCCAUGCCUUACUCACUGUCUGUCUUGCUUUCCCUCCUCUUCCUGCUCCGGCUGGCCGGGCCGCCUCAUCCUGUGCCAGCUCGGGGCCCGUAUGUCACCUCCCUGGGGUGGGCCAGGGCUGCAGAAAAGCCUCCUUGGCGUCGGCUUGGUCCCAGGCCGCUUUCCAACAUGGGCAAAGCUGGGAGCCUCAGGCCUGGCUCUGAGGUGGCGGGGAAGACCAGCCCUGUUUCGAGGAGGGAGGCCCGCAGCAGCACUUUCCCUGAGGGCCACGAAAUGCGUUGUGUGAGGGGCAGACACCCCACAGUGGCAUAUGAAGGAUACCACGUCGGCCCCGCAAACUGCACCCCACAGCCCUCCAGGCAGAUGGACACAUUUCCCUCAACACACACACACAUCCCUUCCCACUUUGACUAUGCUGCAGUUGUUGGGCUCGGCCUUUGCGGCAAGCCACAAGCUGAAGGGGCUGGACUGCCCCCCUCCCGGUUCUCCCCAGCCCCCCCCCAGCUUGGCUUUGAGCUUUCUUCCCACUCCUUUCUCUCUCUGUACAAAGUUUUAGGUUCACCCCUCCCUUCCCACCUCGUUCCAUUUUCCUGCCUGCCCAGGAUAGUUGGGUUUAUUUUUAUUGUUUGGCCUCUUUACUCUGUAAAUAAAUAGCCACAUAUUUGGGGCUGGGUGGUGGAGGUGGGCACAGAGAUCUAAUAAUUAUUAUACAGACGACUGGAAUUUGGGUUUGGUUGGGGGAAGCACCUGCUUGUGUGGGAAGCUGAGCCCCCGGCUCUGUUCCAGGUAGUUGUUUUCCCAUUAAACCACUGAAAGUUCCUUCUUCUUGUUGUUGUUUUAUUUAAAACUCCUCCCUAAUAACAAAGGGAUAUUUUGAAGCAUAGUUAAUAUUAUUGCGGGGAGUUUUGGUCCUUUAAAAGGGGGC